AUGGAUAGGCUACCUCCCGAGCUUCUCCUCGAGAUCAUAUCUCACCUCGUGCCUUCGGAGGACCACAAGUGUGUGCCCGGGUGUCCCUACAUUUCCCGACUCAGAAGCCUCGCCUCUACCAGCCGUCUCCUCCACCAGCUUGCCACUCCUCAACUCUACAUCCACGACGCCACAUACGCAGGGCGAGCCAUCCUCCACGGAGCCGUCACCGGGUCAGCUACCAUCAUUGCCCUAUCCCAGGCAUGGGGUGGGGACAUCAACCGCUCGGGCCUACUUCGUCUACCUGGGUACCAUGAAACUGCUACCGGGACGCCGUUGCUCGUAGCGGUCAAGGAAGGCCACCUCUCGGUAGCCAAGUACCUCGUCCGCCACGGGGCCAACCUGAAUAAGGUGGGCAUGAAUUUGUGCAACUGCCAACACUCCGACUACCCAUACUGGCCUGCAUCGCCAUGGACUUCCCUGCACCUUGCCCUCUGCCAGGAACACAGCGAGCUCGCCGAGUUCCUCGUCGCCGCCGGGGCCCAAUUCUGUGUGAGUAGGGAAGAGUUGGGAAUAGGCCCGGACGGGCGGCACUUUCGAAGGGGCAACCAGGUGGUGGUGCGCAGCUCGACCGGCGUACAUCUGAUUGACGAGGUGGCCAAGAGGGCGAAUCUCCGCGUUCUCAAGUUCCUCGUUCAGCACUGCGAAGGCAAGCUCAGGAUCGACCAGUACUCGGCGGAUAGCACGACGCCCCUCCACCACGCGGCAUGUAUCACGGAUAAUCUUCGCGAGCUCGAGAUGAUUAGGACGCUCCUGGAUCACGGUGCGCUACUAUAUCCGUCCAACUAUGUGCCAGGGAGAUUGGUGGGGCCGCUGCCCUUUGACAGGGCAUUUCUCGACUGGGUCAAACGGUUUGAUCGCUCGAGCAAACACGUACUCCCCGGACGCGGGCACCCGUAUUCGCAGCUCCUAGCCUUUCUCAAAUACAUGAAGGAAGGCGGGCGGGACCACCUUCGCCCACUCAUGGCGCGUAUCCUAGAACUUUGGAUGGAUCGCGGGCCCGCGCGGCUAGACUCGGCGUGGUCCCUCCUAUACCAGGCGUUUGGGCUUUUCGAUACCAAGGCGCCGGAGCCGGGAGUCAUACGCGAGUGGGUCCUCCGGUCCAUUCGGAGCCCUAAGCUUGAGCCUCUGGGGCCCAUGUCGGUGGUGGAUGUGCUCGAGUUCAUCCCAAAACUAGGAUUCUCCCUGACGCUACUAGAGCCCGUCAACGAGCUCUUUUUAGAGGCCGGUGCCCUCGCGCUCCGGGACGAGUGCGUCUGGUUUCUCAAGAACGGGGCCGACAUCAACGCCAGGACGGGAGACGGCCGGACAGCGCUGCACCUGGCAGCCCGAAGCGGGGACUUGGAUCAACUGGAGAUGCUCCUCUCGUGGGGCGCCGACGCCGAGGCGCGUGACCGGGGAGGACACGCCGGCGCGCAUGGCGGCGCGGUACGGUCAGCACGAGGCCAUGGCGAUGCUGACCAAGUUUGGGGCGGGAGAGGAGUGGAUGCGCUCGCUGGUCUUGGGGCCGGAAGCGGAGAAUGCGCCGCAUAUGAGAUGUUGUUGGGGAUGAAAAGGGGACUCUUUUGA